AUGGCUCGCCUAAGCAUUCUCCUCGGCCGGCUUGGCAUAAGCUCAGCGCGCUGCGAUUUUCCGCAACAGGCCAAGCCAGAUCUUUCGACAUCGCAUCUGUCCCGCUGCCAGGACCACAGCCACGGGGCGAUGGAGCUGCCGUUAGAGCCUACAUGA